GAGUCACAAACCCUUUUGAGAUAAACUCGUCCAGCCCAAGGGGCUCCUCCACAUCUUGGCACAGAUGGAUUACACUAUUUUUACUGCCAUCCAUCCACCUGUCAGUCAAAUUUCCCUCUAGGAUGAAUUGGAAACUCUUGAACCAACGAUAAGUUACACUUUUACAGAGUGAAGGAGAAAAGUAUCCAUGAGCAUGGGAAACUCGGAGACCAUGUGGUGGAUGUUUGUCGAGGGUGCUUGCAGGAUCCUUGGUGUUUCUACGGCAACAGUGCUGUGUGCUGUGGGCGUGGAAACAGUACAACAGGGAGAAUUCAACAGCCUUGGCAUCUAUCUAAUCUCGUCAUCUGUGGGCAUCAUGAUGUUUGAGCUGGCCUUCUUCUUGGACGCUCUACUGUCCAUGUGUCUACCCUGUCCCCCAAACUGGCAGGUGUUUGUCUUGUGGGAGAAGAUGGCUCGUGUUGGAGGUUUCCAUAAAUUCCUCUACUACUCCAUCAUGUCAGUGGUCUGCUUCCUGCACCCUGUGCUGGUGUGGCACGCUGUUAUUCCAGGGUCAAUGCUUAUGCUCACAGCUCUAUUCAACUUCUUGCUGAGCAAGAAAAAAAAGGUCAAGUCUCUGAAAAGUCCACCAGAGAGCAUCACCGAUCAAAGCCUGACACAUGUCCAUGUGACAGAAAGACCUGAGUCACACAGCAUCGUUUCAUUCCUCCACACGGGGACAGGAAGGAGGGGAGAGGGGCUGGCAGUUUCAGACACAGACCGCCACCUUGGCUCUCAGGACAGAGGCGAGAGCAACCAGGCCAUGUUGCAUCAGACAGCAGCGCCUGAAGACACAGACAGGAGGAGGAGGAGGUGGAAGGAGAGGAGACUGAUAUGGUUCCGAUGGGUGGAGGAGGAGCCUGUGGAGAGGGAGAUGGAAGAGAUAGGUGGGUACUGUGAGCCAGAGCCAGACACCACCUCAGACACCGCACCGAUGAUCACUGAGUGAACAGCUGGCCUGCACUCACACUCGGGUCUUUAUUAAUAAAACAAAGCAAAGAAGGUGUUUGAGCUGCUCAGAGAGACUGAGUUUCAACAUUCUGGGUGUGCACAUGUUUGCAUCUGAUGUUGAAAAUACCAGAACAGACGUGUUUUGAAUGUUUGCUGUUAUUGUGAUCAGAAAACUUUUAGAAAAUAGAUUUUUAUUUUUAUUUUAUUGUUUGGCAAAAUUGAAUAUUCUGCACCUCAAACAGAUCUGAAAUAGUAUUUUAUUCUAAGAAUAAAAAUUCAGAGAAAUUA